GCCUGGUUCCGCAUCCAGCAGUUUGCAUUCUGCAUUCUGCCCAAGCAAGGUGGUGUACCAGUACCAAAACAUCAAGCAACAAAAUCCACAAUCUGUGCUGUUUGGCCGAGCGAUACCUUUACCGUACGGUAGACUGUAAAGCACUCGUUCGAUCCUUCCCAGGAGGGUUCCCCCUUCCAAAAGCUGUGCGAUCAGGUCUUCUCACUUCUCAAGAGAAUCUCACACAAAUUCGAAACUGCCCCAAACAAAAGAAGAUACCUCACCAAAAAAGAUUUCAACGAUGUUUGGCGUUGCCAUGAGGAAGCUUCUCCUGGUUCCACUAUUGAUGGGUGUUUUCCCUAUUACAAGCACUGAUGCCAAGACGUGCUUGAUGAUGUACCAGUUGGCUGAUAACAACUUGGAAUUCUUCAUUCGCCAGGAUUACGCCGAGUUGGCAUCGUCUGCUGUGAUUCGUAGUGAAGAUUUGCGAGUUUGGGUAUACUAUGAUGCCUUUUCUGGAACUGCUCUUCCCUCCACAGUGGACGAAAAUGGAAAUCCCGUUGGAGCCUUCACGGGAAGUCGCUACAUUACUUUUGACAGAUCCAUCGGACAAAUGAGAGUGGUCCGGACCUUUGACUCGGAAAUUAACUCUGAUUCACCCGAUACCAUCCGGGAGUAUUUGGAAACUGCCUUGACCGAUUGCCUGGACAAUGGAUUCGACAGUCUGAUGGCGGUCUUUUCAUCUCAUGCCGGUGGAUUCUUUGGCUACGGUGGAGAUGAACACCCAGCGAUGCGCAGGCUGCAGCCUCAGACCAAUCAAAACGUUGCUCGUGCCAUUAGGGAUGCCUUGGACAAUGCUGCUGGAGGGCGCAAACUCGAUGUCCUUGGAUUCGAUGCCUGCAAUAUGCUUGCCUUUGGAGCAGCUGAUGACUAUGGAGAGGCUGAUGUUGCAACAUACUUGUUGGCCAGUGAAGGAUUGGAACCAGGACAUGGUUGGGCCUACCAGUUCCUCAGAAGUGCUCCUGAUGCUUUGACUCUAGCAACAGAAAUCGUUGCUACCUUUGUGAGCCGAACCCAAGGCAGCAACUUCCACCAGACACCAAAAACGUUGGCCAUUCUGGAUCUCCAAAAGUUCUUUGUCUUUUUAGAUGCUUUUGAGGACUUUCUUGGAAGGCUCCUUCCAGUUUUGCAAGCAGGCGAUGUAACACUCCAUGCUUCGGUGGCCAGAUCCAGGACGAGUGCUGUCUCCUAUGAAGGGAUUUUAGAUUCCAUCGGUGCCAUUCAGCCCACGAGUCUGGACAUUGGGAGUUGGAUGGCCAUUCUGGCCCAACUUUGCAAUCCUGGGGGUGAUCUUGGUACAAGUUUUCAAUCCGCACGAGACACUUAUGCCGACAUGUUUUACUACUUGAGUACUGGUCCGGGUACUCCCGUUGGCACAGGGAUGCAUGUCCUCUGGCCCAACCAGCAGGUCUACUUUACGCAAAAGCCAACCUUUGAUACGAUCCUUUUCAGCGACUCCAGGUAUUCCACUCUCGCUGCUCCCAACUUUCGAGCCUUUUUGCAGUGGUUCCUUGAAAACAACAACCCUGGUACUGGGGGAACAGACACCGUUUGUGGUGGUCCUUCUGCAGUUCCCGUUGUUGAAAUGCCAGACCCCAACGUCCUCAUCUAUGGUGAUACAGGCACCCUCAACCUGGAGACUGAACUAUUUGAAGUCAAUGCCGAAAUUGGACCUUUGGUCGAUCAGAUGGUGAUUGAGUAUGCAAUCGACCUCAGUACUCCCCUCAAGCCCGUGCUUGAAUCCCGUGGCUACACACCUAACAGUACAGAAUACUUGUACCUCAAAGGUGGCGAUUUGAUUGGCGAAUACUCUGGGUCCAACUUUACCACUUCCUGGGAUCAAAACUUCUACUUUCUGAACAUCAGUGGCAUUGAUCAGUUUGAGGCACUCUAUGUUUCUGACGGAGGUGAUGGUUCCAAACGUGUUCAUGCUAUGUAUUUCCCAGAAGACAAGCGUGAAGAAGUCUCUCGGUUGGGCUUUUUAGACUACCUAUUCUUUGACUUUGAAUACUGGGCGGAUCAGGGUGCAGUCUUCAGCUAUUUGCUUUUCUCUGUCAACGAAACAGAAGGACGAAUCAACGACAACCUUUCACUCUUCAUCAAUGAUGGAAAUACAUACUUCGAGCAGCCAAGGGAAAAUGGUGGUAUGCUCAUGCCAAUGGUGUACAUUGAUGCUUUUAUCCAAGAUCGUAAUCUUACAGUUCUUCCCGGAGGCUUCAACCAGACUGUCAUUGACUGGUCCACAGAACUGAACUACAAUAUUCUCACAACCAACACGUCUUCUGUCUUUCGUGUGAUCCCUGCCACCGAUGCUGUGAUGGUUAAUGUAUAUGCAUUUGACCACGGAAACCAGGAAAGAGGACCAGAGAUCCGCCGCUACGAUGUCUACCGCCCCACCCGUUCUGCUUCAACGGGCAGCCAACCAGGAGCCGAAGAGGCCGGAGGGGACAGCCAACUUGGGGCCGAGGCGGGAGGAGAGAGCGCUGGUGCUUCCGGCAGCAUGCUUCAUCAUCUCACAAAUGCUCUUCUUUUGCUGGUAGUGGGCCUUUUUGCUGCAAUCUGAUAGCCAGCAGGUCGGGCGAUAUGGGCACGAAGCGAACUCGCGAUGGUACUGUAGCACAACUAAAGAAUCGAUCUAAAGUUAUUUCACUAGUAGC